AUGACGAUUGGUUCGCGUCCAAAUUCAGCUAUUCAGUCAAAAAAUCCAUCUGUGUUCAAAUCGAAUCCUGUUUACCCUGUAGACGACAAUCUGGCACCUACUGAUUCAACACCCCGAUCUGAAAGUCAACAGUCAAUAUUAAAAACUGUGACUGAGAUUCUUGACGGCGGAACUGGCCGAUUAAAAACCGCGGCACACUCACUUGUAUUAGAAUCGGUUUUGGCAACAGAAAUAAAAGUACGAUGUGUAUUUCUCAGAAUUGGAGAUAUCGACACAUUAAACGAACGUUAUUAUGCUGAAGUAUUAUUUGAAGCCAGUUGGACUGAUCCACUAUUAAAAUUUGAAACUACAUAUGACCCCAAUGUUCACUGGAAUCCAAAUUUAAUUAUUAUUAACAGUAUCGGUGAUCAAAAACGCGAUGUUUGGUAUAGUCUGGCAAAGAGCAGCGACAGUGAUUGCCUAGAAAUAACUGAGCAUCAGCGAAUCAAAGGUUUAUUUUGGGAAAAAAUGGAAUUACAACAUUUUCCCGUUGAUGUUCAAGAAUUAUCCAUACAAAUAACAACAGGGAAACAAAAUCAAGAUCAUACAAAUUCAGUUAAAUUUUUAAAACAUAUAAAAAAACAAUCAGGAGUAAAUCGAACAAUAUUUACCGAUGAACAAGAAUGGUAUCUCUACGAGCACGUAGAAAUUAAUAUUAACGAGCAAAUUGAACAAUUAUCUGACAAUUUAGAAUUAGAAAAACAUAAUAUGGUUACAUGCUCAUGCCACGUAGCAAGGUAAUCGCGAAUGCAGAAUGAGAAACUUCAACUUGACUCAAAAAGUCAGAGCAAACGGGUAUAUUCUGCAACUCUGAUGCGGAGUUCUCAGCUCACCAGGUGAUAUAACAAUCAACGUGAAAUAAGAGAUAGGAAAAUACCCUAGAGAAAUUAUUCUUUUAUUCCACGCAAUUUCGUCAUAUAAGAAAUUUCGUCUUUUUGCUCGAGGAAGUAUAAGAAGCGCAAAAAAGUUAACUUCGUAUCUAACGAAAGAACCGCCCCAGGUUGCAAAUCGCUUUUCGAUAAAACUAAGGCGAAUAUGGGUAAUCGAUAGCGUUGAUUCAGUGGUUACAGCUGCCCUUAGCCCCUGCCUAUAUCCUCAUUAGUCUUAUCGAAAAAGCGAUUUGCAACUUGGGCGGCUCCCUUGUAAGAAGUCUUAUAUCUUGGCUCAAGAUCUUGUGCUAAUAAGUACCUAUAUCAUGCUCCGUCUGUACGCGUUCGCUAAUAUAUUGAAAUCAAUCUCGAAACAGCUAAGUGACAAGACAGAAAUGCUGAGAACGCAGUGAGGAAAUGCAUAAGCUUAGAACCGAACU